AUGGCUAGCCACUCUAAAUAUGAGAAGCUCCAAAGUUCCGAUAUCGAUUCGGAGCCCGAAAAGCGUAGAUUACCACCCGAGUCGAAAAAUUGCAGCCAUAAAAACUAUUUCAUGUAUCCAUUCGUUUUCAUUUUCAUCGCCUCGAAUAUAUUUACUUGGUUCCUCUCCUCAUGGCAUUCUAGAGGAAAUCAGACAGUAAUCAAUGAUGGCUUGAGUCAAUAUGCGGGACUUGCUCGAGACUACCCAAUUGCAUUGGGAAAGGAUAGUCCGUAUACUGAUUCAAAUGAAACCCUUCGGAAUGAGGUGUGGGAAGCUAUCAAUAUUGAUGCUGGAAUGAUAGCUGUUCCGGACGGCUUCGUUUCAGACAAAAAUCUUCAUCCGUCUCAAAGAUUUGUGUGGGAUAAGAGUAAGAGUGUUUACUUACUGAAUGGGCAUCACACAUUGCAUUGCGUGCGCGCAGUAUACAUAUCUCUCAUGGAGUUCUGGCAAGAAAGACCACAAUCACGACGAUGGGAACACGUAAUUCAUUGUGUAGAUCAACUACGUCAAGAAGCUCUCUGCAACGCUGAUGACACACCACGUUACUCAACAUCAGAUAAUAUUCCAGUAUCUGGUAUGGGUCAAGUGAGAAUGUGUCGCAGCUGGGAAAAGCUGGAGCAAUGGGCUAAGCAGUACAAUUCUUGCUAUCGCUAUGUCAAUCAAACUGCUUCCUACAAGGAUUUUCCACAAAUCGAGCGCUUUAUCUGGUGUCCUGAGGGCUCACCUUAUGCCGCAGCAGUUGAGGAGGUUUUUGGGAAGAUUGAUUCGUCGGAUUGGGAAUCGUAUCACUAG